AUGGCCACUACCUCGGACUACAAGGUCUCCUUUGAGGGGCCCUUCCAAAAUGUCAUCAACAAUCAAUUGACAUCCACGGCCACCACUCGCCACGCCAUCUGCCCUUCGACCGAGAAGCCGCUGUGGGAAGUGCCGGUCUCUACCGCGGAAGAUCUUGACCGAGCCGUGGCAGCAGGUAGAGCCGCUUUCCCGGCAUGGAGCAAGCUCUCGUAUGAUGACCGUCAGAAGUACCUCGAUAGGUUCGCCGAUGCUAUCGAGGAAAACCAGGAGGGCUUCAUUAAGCUCCUGGGACAAGAGGUGGGCAAGCCGCCGCAGGCUGGGGGUUUUGAGCUAUAUCUCGUUAUGGGACUAGCUCGAGGGAUCCCCCAGUUGCGUCUCAAGGAGGAGAAGAUCAUUGAUGAUGAGGAUCGCACGGCAAUUGUCAGAUACGUGCCAUUGGGCGUUUGUGCAGGUAUUGUUCCCUGGAACUUCCCUCUCACGCUUGGAAUGGGAAAACUGGUUGCAGCACUUCUUGCCGGAAACACAUUCAUCUGGAAAUCAUCGCCCUUCACCCCCUAUUCUGCCUUGAAGCUGGCCGAGAUCGGUGCGAAGAUUUUCCCCCCUGGAGUAUUUCAAGCCCUAAGUGGCGAUGAAUCCCUUGGCCCUUUGAUCACUGGGCAUCCUGGUAUCGCCAAGAUUGGCUUUACAGGAUCUGUUGAAACAGGAAAGAAGAUAAUGGCCGCCUGCGCCUCAACUCUCAAGAGAGUUUCGUUGGAGCUCGGCGGGAAUGACGCUGCGGUUAUCUGUGAUGACGUUGACAUUGAUCAAGUCGUUGCCAAGGUCACAUUCCUGACAUUUGUCCACGUGGGCCAAAUUUGCAUGAAUAUCAAGCGUAUAUAUGUGCAUGAGAACAUCUAUGAUAAAUUUCUUGACGCCAUGGUCAAAGCCGUUGCGCAGUUCAAGACGGGAGAUCAUCAAGAUGCCGAGGCCUUCUUUGGUCCAAUUCAAAAUGACAUGCAGUACCAGAAGCUGCGCAAGCUCUACUCACAAAUUGGCACUCAGGGCUGGAAAGUAGCGACGCCCGAGCGCCAAAAGCCAGAAACGGGAUACUUCUUGACACCAACCAUUAUUGAUAACCCCCCCGAUGAUUCCGCAAUAGUUACUGAGGAACCAUUUGGUCCCAUUUGCCCCGUUUUGAAGUGGAAAGACGAGGACGAUGUGAUUACCCGAGUGAAUGCGACCAAGUAUGGCCUCGGGGCUUCUGUGUGGAGCAAGGAUGUGCCCCGAGCCAAGCGAAUGGUAGAACAACUGGAGGCUGGAAGCAUUUGGGUGAACACCCACUUCGAGCUUGCUCCCAAUGUUCCUUUCGGUGGGCACAAAGAGAGUGGGCUGGGGAUGGACUGGGGUGAGGUGGGUGUCAAGAGCUGGUGCAACCCACAGGCUUACUGGGUCAAGCAUUCCGGCUAG